AUGGACCUUCGAUUUUCUCAAUCGCCGAGCUUCCAUGAUUUCAGAGAGCACAGGCGCCAUUCUUCCGAAAUCUCCCAACACGCUAUGCCCGAGUUGGCAUUCCCAUCUCACGGCCCGUUACCUAUAGCUUCUCGAACCUCUCGAACUAUUAUGAACACUGCUCCCCCACCACUUCCGCCACCAUCCAGGAUUCGCGACCUGGAGAUCGGUCAUGACCCCGGUUGGCAAUACGCAAAUCCACAAUCUUCGACGCCUUUACCACCUAUCAACCCGAGCUCAAGUCUAUUCGGGGGUCAUCGACAACCGGAAACUGCCUCUCGAGGUGAUCCGAUGCAAAUAGACCAGCUUGAAAGGAGGCAGAGCGGUUCCGCCGUCUCGCGAAGCCCCAAAACUCAGAUCCAGAUUGAGCCGCCUCGGCCAGUCACAGACGGAUUUUCAAACUCCAUAUCGGUCCCGAACUCGGCCAGUUCAAUAUUGAGUGGCGAGCGCGACUUCUCACUGCGAAGUGUGCAGGAUUCAUCAAACGCAUACGACCAACAUCUCCUCUCCAAAAUCGGAAAGCCUCAAAUAGCAAAGCCAGUUUCCCCCAGGGGAUCGGUCAGUCUCGGAACGGACAAUCGAAACUCGCUCACCGCGCUCACCGUUCCUUCGCGAAGCCCUAGCAAUCUGCCAUCGCCCGGGCCUUCAGAAGGAUCAACCCUCGAUGUGAGAUGGCACAACAGUCCUCAGUCCGGGGGUGUUUCUCCUAGGACCAAGGUCGGCUGGAGAGAAUAUGUCGAAGGCAGAAGUCCAAGUGUGGAGAGCAGUGCGCCGUCAUCAGCACUGGAUUACGACCAAGGCUCUUUUCGAGAUAUGGGCCGACGUCGUCAUCGUGGAACAACGCCUCAGCGAGAAGAUAGUAUCAGUCUGCCGAGCCGAUCGAAUCGUGGAAGUUAUGAUCAAGGGGUAUUUUCGGAUAUCGAAGGGGAGUUUUCAACCGACGAACCAGCACCACCUCGCCAAUUCAUUCUUCGAGAGCCAACCCCGCCGUAUUCGGAUCCUUCGAGGCAUGGCAUGAAACGACGGGCAUCUUCACCUCCGCGCGAGCCGAUCGGUGAUGAUAGACAUACAUUACACGUUGCAACGAGUAAUGGAGACUUGUCGCAGAGAAGGCUGAGCGGGCAUCCGUUUACAAGUACACUAGCAGUCAACUCCAACUACGCCACAAGUCAACGAACUCUUUCAGCCGCCUCAUCUUUGAGUAUCCGGACCUCCGGCUCAUAUUCGUCUACGCUCUCUAUUGGAGGUAGCAGUAUGACCAGUCUUUCCCCGUACGACCGGCCAUCUCCAGGUGGUCUUUCACCAAGCUCCGAUCUCGAUACUUUUCACGAAAAAUCAAUCCUCAACCCCAGCUCUCCUAUCGCGCUUGUUCAACCUACGCUCACCAGGCUCCCUGGUCCUUCAUCUUUGGAACCGCCCGCAACGGAUGCGACUGGAAAAAUGUCCGCUCCGACGACCAUUAUAAACGUGCCAAAACCCGCAGCACCCAAAAUAGGCGGACUUUUCAUCUGCGAUUGUUGUCCAAAGAAGCCCAAGAAAUUCGACAACCCGGACGAUCUACGUUCUCAUGAGAUGGAAAAGCAGUACGCAUGCGCCUACUGCAACAACCGCUUCAAAAACAAAAACGAAGCCGAGAGACACCAAAACUCCCUCCACCUACGGCGCCAUUCAUGGUCUUGCGCUGCACUCGUCAGUUUCCAAGCAGCAUUCCACUCCUCAGGGGCCCAGACCUGCCAGACCAACGCCGGAGCAUCCCACGACACGUGCGGAUACUGCGGCGAGGAAUUCCCCAACCUCCCUCAGCCAGACUGGGAUCGCCGAUUCGAGCACUUGACCACAGUGCACAAGUUCGGCGAGUGCAACAAUGCCAAGAAGUUUUUCCGCGCAGACCACUUCCGCCAGCAUCUAAAGCAUAGUCAUGCCGGCACGAGUGGCAAGUGGACUAAUAUCCUGGAGAAUGCCUGCAUGAAGGAGGAGCAGCCGCCAGAGCCUCGCGAGCCUCGGGGACCUAGGGAUAAGAUGAUUUCGGGUUUCCAGACUGGAGGUUCAUUAACAACAAACGCCAUCUCGGAAGUUCUCAGCGAACCAUGA